AUGACAGAUCGUCUACUGUAUACGAGUAAUUCUAAAACUCCAAAACCGAGAACUGAAAGAAAUAAGGUUUAUGUGGAGAAAGGCAAAUACAGCUAUUCAAAGAACUUCGACAAGACAUUCAAAGAACAAGAAGAUGCAAUGAGUUGUUCAUCAAAAUCACCUGUGCAUAAAUCUCAAUUAGAGAGUCGUCUACUCACAUGUGAAGAUCUGAUUAAUUUAGACAAAACUGAACCACAUUGGAAAUAUAUUCGAAUAGGAUUGUUAAUUGGGUUUGGGAUUCUAUUUUUGGGUCUUUUAGCGGGGUGUACUGUUUACAUAAUUCUUGGACAAAAAUGCCCAUCUGUGCCCAAAUUACCAUUUUGGAAAUCAACAGUUGGUUAUUGGUUAGAUGUAUUUGCAUUUAAAGACUCUUCUGGCGAUCUAAUUGGAGAUCUAAACGGUCUCACAUCUGAAGUAGAUUACAUCAAAACUGUAGUUGGUGCAGGAUAUGUGAUAUUGGGUCCAAUCACUAAAGGAUUUUAUACCAAUUCACACAAUAUGCUCGGAUUAGUUGAAGAUUAUAAGGAGUUAGAUGAGGCAGUUGGCACAAUGGACGAUUUUCGUGUCUUUUUAAAACGAUUUCAUAAAAAGGGUGUAAAAGUCAUCUUGACAUUCAAUUUCAAUGCAAUAUCGAUCAAUCAUAAAUGGAUCCAAAAGAACAAAGUGGAAUUGACAUUGUUCAAAGAUUCUUUCAAUAAAAGAAUAUCACGAUACGGUGAAGCGAUCAAUGUAGAUAUUGAUGGUCAGAAAUUUUAUUCUGUAUUCGGAUCACCGAAUGUAGAUCUAGAUUUAACUUCUGUCAAAACUCAAACUGAAAUAUAUCUCAGUUCAGAAUGGUUGGAAAACUGUCCAAAUUCUCAAAUAUAUGAAAAUGAAAGUGUGAAAUUUGUUGAAGGUGUAAGACAAGAAAUCAACAAAUGGAUUAAGGAAAGUGGAAGAGAAAAGUAA